AUAUGGUUUAUAAAUUGUCGUCAUCAUCAUCUUUCUCCUCCUAAUCAUCAUUUCUUGUUCAGAUUCACGUGAAAGGAAAGACAAGCAGUGGAUUUAUUUCCUCAUCUUUUUGCUUUGUAGAUUGAAACAGAAUCUGGAAUUCAUUUGCCUGCCUUUCUUUUCAUGCUGCUUCUGCCCCAUCAAUGGGAUUUCAGUUUUGUUUGAUUCUCCAGCGUCACAUCUGGGUGGUUGAAUAGGGUUCAGUCUAUUCUUUGUAAUUCUCCUCAUUGGGCGCUGCAGACUACCAGGAACAAGUGUAUUUGCUUUGAGAUUUAAUUUAGUUCUGCAAUGGCGGAAACUAGUGCAGCAAUGGUGUUUGAAACUGAUGUUACUGCUUUAGAAGAAGCGCUUUAUGCACAACAACAACUUCUGCAAAAGCUUAAUGCUGAGUUGGAUGUAGAAAGAGAAGCUGCAGCUUCUGCAGCAAGUGAAGCUUUAUCAAUGAUCUUGCGUUUACAAGGAGAAAAGGCUUCUCUGAAGAUGGAAGCUAGUCAAUAUAAGAGAAUGGCAGAAGAAAAGAUGUGUCAUGCUCAGGAAGCUCUUGCAAUUUUUGAAGAUCUAAUAUAUCAGAGAGAAAUGGAAAUUGCAUCUCUUGAAUUCCAAGUUCAUGCUUAUAGGUAUAGACUCCUUAGCAUGGGUUGUAAUGAUUUGGAUGUCUAUGAAAUUAAAUUUCCAGAGGAUCUAUUAAUGCAGAGACAUGAUAAUUUGUUAGGAGAAAAGGGUACCAAUAACAAUGUGAAGAGAAUCACCACUGUGCCUCAAGCUAUGAUCAAAGAUCCCAAUCAUAAGAGAAGUGCUAUUGAGAGAAAAAAAUCUGUGACACCUUUGCCAGAUCCUCCAAGCCCUGUGGACGAAACUAUGAACCAGGAAAUUGAUGAUUCUGAGAAGAAACUAGCCAGUUGUUCAACCCUGGAUCUUAACUCAUAUUGGGAAGAGAUCAAGAAGUUGGAUGAACGAAUGAAAGAGAUUUCAGACAGCAAAGAUCACUCUGGUAGAAACAAAUCAACACUCUGGAAAGGUGGUAAUUGGCCUUCGUCAUUAUUUUCACAAGUCAGCAUUGGAAAUUGCAUUGAUAUAGUGAGAGAAGCAAGUGCAAACAAUUCUGAUGAAGAAAAUUCACAGGCAAAGAAGGUGACUGAUCAUGAUCCUGCUUGCUCUUCAAGUGUUCAGGACAUAUUUGAAGUCCCACAAGCUACUGAUUAUCAGAGUCGAAAACCUUGUGAAUCCUGGAAAAUCACGCUUGGAAAGCCAGAUUCAGUCACUGAGAACACCUUGGAUUCACCUAAGAAACAUGAAAUAGAGAGGGUAAAGCCAAUAUUAAUUUCUACAAGUACAAACCAUGAGAGGAAAUUGCUUAAACCAAGAAAUCUGUUGAGUCUUUCGCGACCUCUUAUUCAAAAAGUGAAUCUUGGUAAUCCUCCUCCUGAUUAUAAACGGUUGAGUUGGAGAAUUGAUAGGCUUGAGAGAGAGAGAAAUUAUGCCAGGCAAGAAAUUAUAGAUGGAGGGGAAGAGUUGAAUAUAUUGAAGGAGAUUCUUGAUCAACUCAAAUCCAUAGAGUCUGAGAUGAAAAGCUGGAGAGCUCAGAAAUCACUUCUUCCUAAAGAACAAUUUCUAGCUUCUCUCCAAGAGGUACAUGCUUUCUCUUUCUCUCUCUCUCUCUCUGUGUGUGUUUAUGUUGAGUUGAUUUUGUGCACAAAACAUGUUACUCCUUGCCAUGAACUUGUACUAAUAUGUAUGGAUCAUGAUGUGCAAUAUAAAAUUGAUGGAGAAUUAUUAAUUUAGUCCUUUGCUUUAGUGAACUUAACUAUUUAGUACCUCUUAUUUUUAAAAACACACUAAAUACUUUCUGUCUUUAAUUUUAAAUUGUUAACUAUUUAUUUCCUCUCAUUAAUUGUAGGAACUAAAUAUUAUUCUGAAAUUAUAGGAACCAAAAUAGUUCUUAUUCUAAUUGCAGAGGCUAAGUUAUUGUGCUUUUAAAUUUAAAGAGCUUAGUUAUGUUUAAAAUUAUAAAAAUUAAUUAAAAAUAAGGGUAUUUUAGGGACUAUUUUUUCUAUUUUAAUAAAUAAAAAACUAAAUAGUUAGUUUUGAGGGACUAACUAGUUAAUGUCUUUAGAAUUUAUGAGUAAAUUACACUUUUUUUCAGUUUUUUAAAGUCAAUGGUUUAAUCAUUAAAUUUUUUAUUCUGACAAAUAGAAGGGUCUCUGAUAAAUCAUUAUUAAUUGAGUGAGAAAUUGUUGUAUCACCCUUUAUUAGAUGAGGGAUAGAAUAUUUAGACAACAGAAUCUAGCUAAGAAAUCACUGUUGCAAUUUUUCUUUUUAAAAAAAUUAGGGGAUAAAUGUGUUAAUUUUAACAAAAUUUGAGAAUAAAAAAUAAUUUAUUUUUAAGAUAUUUUGAUCAUUUCAAAAAUAAUUAAUGAGAAAUUGAUAUAAGAGGUUUCAAUUUAAACUAUCAGGAUUAAAAUAUUUUUCUUUCAAAAAAUAAUUUACCUCUAAGGAUAUUUUUAUAAAUUUUCAUAUAAUUAACAGAAAUUGGGUCGAGGGGUUUCAAUUUGACAGAGUUAAAAAAGUAGGGAUUAAACCAUUAAUUUUUAGAGUAAAUUACUUUUACAUACCCAACUAUUUUUAAAACUGAACUUAUAUUUUAAAUUUGUAAAAACUGAAUGAGUAUUUAAAAAUAGU